AAUUAUCUUAUCAAUCGAUCCAAUUAUGGUACAACAUGAAUCGGUAACGAAAAAAGGUUACAUUAAUCUUCCAAGUUGAAUAGUAAAUGCCUCCAAGUUGAAGGGACAUGUUCUUAAAUAAUCUCUUAAUAUAAUGGACCCUCCUAUAAAUUACUACUAGUAUGACUCUUGAAAACAUUAUAAUUUAUAAAACUUCUUAUAUUCUAAAACUAUUCUAGCACCCUGAAGCGCUGAAACAUAUGGUAGUAAAAUUAAUGUUAUCAUUUUAUUAUCGUUGACAUUUGAGGAGCACAUGCACACGCAAUGGAUGUUAAGUGUUAACUGAAAGAUAUUAAAAAAAGAAGACGAGAAAUAAUAUAUUUCUGGCAUCACAUUCACAAGUCUGGAACUCGUUCGUACUGAGUAUUUUAAAGACGCAACACACACCGCAUCACGGAACUCAGUACUCACUCUAGUCUUGUAGACUAGUCGCUAGAUUUCCAUACUUUGUUUCUAGUGUGGAAUGUGUUCCAGGCGCCGCUUAUUUCAAAAGAAUGUGUUCCAGGCGGCUAAGCAUUUCUUAUGGAAGGAGAUGAAUGUUGACCCACAUGGUCUAAACUUUGAAGUUAACUUCGGAAGAGAAACGAAGCAAAACAAAGGUCCAAAAGAGAGAUGAAAACAUCAUCAAAAUAGAAAGAUAUGAAUUGUAAUCAAACUGCAACAUCAGAUAAUUCCAAAGUAAAUUAAACUCAAAAUCGUUUAUGUUAGAAUUAUGCAAAAGAGUUUCGAUAAUUAGAAACGAACAAAUUGACUUAAUAUCAAAGUAAUAAGUAUUAUAUGGAAACAUUACGCACAACUUUAGACUAAAAAACAAGCAAGAAGACUUUCACCACACCAAAUUAAACACGAGUUUCUUAUUUAAAAUUUUAUAUUUUUGUUCUACUAAAGGUUAAAAGUCAAAAUAUUAAAAUUAUUUACCGCUAUUAUCUACUCAAAAUUCUUAUUGGAUUCAUAUAAUCCUGUUCUUGAAGCUCAAUUCGUUGCUAUUUACUCAAAAGCCAUGAAACUCUUUUUCUUUGCAUAAGACAUAUUCAGUUUUCUGAAUUAUUAAAAUUUAUAAGAAAUUGAUUUCGAUAGAAGUUACAGACUUUAAGCUCAUAAUCUUCAUUAGAACGAAAACAGUCUUUAGAAAAAUUAUAUUUUAUAGAAAAGAUAGUUUGUAUCUUAGACAAUUUUUUUUGAACCCCCUUGCACUCCCAAUAACUACCAAUACUUAGGUAAUUUAUGAAUUUCAAACACAAAAUGUAUUCACCAUUGAAACAUUAAUAUGUAUGGCGAAAAUGCAUUUAUCAUAUUUGUUUUGAAAAAUUAUAUAUUUAAUUUAUAUGUAAAUAUUAAUUAUAUUUAGUUUUAACUAGUGUUUUAAUGACUAGACUGGACUGGUCCGACUGGACAGUCGUAAAAUCGAACCAUCAAUCAUUUUCUAUACGGUUAUAGAUCGUAAAUAUUAUUUGAUUUAAGUUUCAAAAUUGUUCAAAAUCAGUUAAAAAAUCAUCAAAAUUGAUGAUAGGGUUCAAUAUUACAGUUUUUUAUUUGAAUUAAAAUCAAAAUUAAAAAAAUUAAAAAAAUUAAGAUAUUUUAUGUUAUUUUUAAUAUUUUUCUAGUUUUAUUCUGCAAAAUAUAAUGUCACCAAUCAAACGUUACUUUGCAUUUUGUUCAAUUAAAAAUUUAAAACCAUACUUAUCCCCGUAUACAUUCAAACUUUAAUUUCGCUACGCUUAUGUUAUUAAAUUCGCGAUUCCAUUCAAACCUUUAUUAUUAUUUUUCCAGCACUAUCAAAUACGCAUAUAUCAAUCGGAGCUAUAGUGUUUAAAACAGACCAUACGAAUCUGAUGCUGUCAUUUUCAAGCUUUGAUUUCAUUUAUGUAAUUAUAUAAAUACAUAAAUGCAUAAAUUUUCGGGAUAGUAGUCAACGCUUAGAUUUAAGAUUAGCAUAAAAAGAGUUCCACAAUUACACAACACAUAUACAAAACUCAAACUGUUGCAUUCCUCAACAGAAACAACAAUGGAGUCUCAGUCUCAGACUCAGACUACUCCACCCGAAGCCCCAAAGCGCUCUCCCUUCACCGGAAUAUUCCACAAACUGAAAACCAAUCUUGCUUUCCGGUCAAAGCUCGCCGAAGUAAACGGUGCAAUGGGUGAUCUCGGCACUUACAUCCCCAUCGUCCUCGCUUUAACUCUUGCCAAGGAUUUGGAUUUAGGCACGACGCUGAUAUUCACCGGAAUUUACAACGCCGUGACCGGAGCGGUUUACGGCGUACCGAUGCCGGUACAGCCGAUGAAGUCGAUCGCAGCCGUGGCGAUUUCGUCAACCGCGGAGGAGUUCGGUAUACCGGAGAUCAUGGCCGCCGGAAUCUGCACCGGAGGGAUCUUGUUCGUGCUGGGGAUCUCCGGUCUGAUGCAGUUCGUGUUCAACGUCAUUCCUUUGUCGGUUGUUAGAGGGAUUCAGUUGUCACAGGGCUUAGCCUUUGCAAUGUCUGCGGUUAAGUAUGUUAGGAAAGAACAAAAUUUUUCAAAGUCCAAAAGUGUUGGUGACAGGCCGUGGUUUGGGCUUGAUGGUUUGGUCUUGGCUUUGGCUUGUGUUCUCUUUAUAAUUCUUGUGAAUGGAGAUGGAGAACAAGAAGAAGAAGAGGAGGAAGAAGAGAGAAGUGGUUCAAGAAGAAGAAGAUGGGUUUGGAUAAGGAAGGUUGUAUCUAAUGUACCAUCUGCUCUGUUGAUUUUCUUGUUGGGUGUUGUUUUGGCUUUUAUAAGGAAGCCUAGUAUUGUUUAUGGUAUUAAGUUUGGACCGUCGAAGAUUAAGUUAGUAAGAAUGGACAAGGAGGCAUGGAAAAACGGUUUUUUGAAAGGGGCGAUUCCGCAGUUGCCUCUCUCUGUUCUGAACUCUGUUGUGGCCGUGUGUAAGCUUUCUCACGACUUAUUCCCUGAGAAGAAGUUUACGGCUACAUCCGUUUCGAUGACUGUUGGGUUGAUGAAUAUGGUUGGAUGUUGGUUUGGGGCAAUGCCUACUUGCCAUGGAGCCGGUGGGUUAGCGGGGCAGUACAAGUUCGGUGGGAGGAGUGGUGGGUGUGUGGCGCUGCUGGGGUUGGCUAAAUUGGUGUUAGGAUUGGUUUUAGGAAGUUCAUUGGUGGGUAUAAUGGAGAAGUUUCCGGUUGGUGUGCUUGGAGCUUUGCUGCUGUUUGCGGGUAUAGAGCUUGCAAUGGCUGCUAGGGAUAUGAACACGAAGGGAGAUGCAUUUGUGAUGCUUGUUUGUACAGCUGUGUCUUUAGGCUCAAAUGCAGCGAUAGGAUUUGUGGCUGGGAUUGUUCUGUAUGUAGUUUUGUGGAUGAGGAACUACGGAAGGGUCAAGCCCACUGGCCUUCCUCUUCGAGUAGAUCAACAUCCUUGAAAGUCUUCGAUAUUCUUCUUCUUCUAUGCUGUAAAAUGUGAUAUGUUUUAUAAAUAAAAAGUUCAAAACUUCGUUGAACUGCAUAGUGCUGCUACUCCCUGUAAUAUAACUACAUUAGUUUGAUUUCCUUUUUUUUUAUAAUUGCAAAUUAGUUUACAAA